AUAAUGGCUGCAGAUUCAGAGAUGACUAACGGAGGAGAGAAUAUCCUCAGUGAAAGUGACGACGAUAUUCUCAGCCCUGAUGACCUGUCGGAAGUGUUGGCGGCUGGAACCAAGGAGUCUCAUGACAAAGCCGAGAACUCUCCAUUUGUCAAGGACUUCCUUAGGGGAAGAAUCAAACGAGAACUUUUUAAACUCGGCACAGCUGCCCUGUACUAUGUUUAUUCAGCCAUCGAGGAAGAGAUUGAGAAGAACAAGGACCACCCCAUGUUUGCGGCUCUAUAUUUCCCCUCUGAGCUGCACAGGCGAGACGCUUUGGCCAAAGACCUUGAAUAUCUCUACGGUGAAGACUGGGAGAGCAAGAUCUCCUGCUCGGCAGCCACACAGCCCUACGUAGACCGCAUUCAAGUGGUAGGUUGCAAAGACCCGGUUCUGCUGGUGGCACACGCCUGGACCCGCUACAUGGGUGACCUGUCAGGUGGACAGAUUCUAAAGAAAGUAGCCCAGCGGGCACUGAAACUGCCCCCAACUGGUGAGGGAUUGAACUUCUACCAUUUCGAGGGCAUCCACAACCCGACAGCCUUCAAGAGACUUUACCGUAGCCGCAUGAAUGAGCUGGAAGUGGAUGCUGAGACCAAAGAGAGGCUGCUGGAUGAGGCCAACCUGGCAUUCAAAUUUAAUUUGGACGUGUUCACGGAGUUGCAGGAGAUUGGAAAAAACAUUAACGAGGAGUUGCAGGACAUUGGGUUCCCUGCACAUGGGGAUAUGGGAGGAGACAUUAGUAAAUGUCCCUACUAUGCAGCCAAAAUGGCGGUGAGUGGCAACACAAUGCACGCAUGCCAGUUUGCAAAAAUGCUGCUUCGCCAACCCACAGUACAGGUGGUGCUGGCCACAUGGGUUGCUGCUAUUGCUGGAUUGGCUGCCUGGUACCUCAUGUGAUCACUUUGAACUGAGUCAACCAAACAGAAAGAAGAUAAAGAAACAUCUGGACUUCAAAGUAAAAAUUCUCCAUUCAGUCACCCAACUGUGAUUUGUGUCGACAUUGUGGAGAUGUUGCUGUGUAGCAUAUUAAAGAGUAUAUAAACUAGACCAUCGAUCUACACUAUACUCCCAAAUUUGACCAAUUUUUACGCAGCUCUCCAGUUGUUGUAUAUCAGCAGUUCUGAGAGUUGAGAGAAAAGUUGAGUAGGUCAGAAGUGUACACCUUAAAAGGAAUGCAAAAAGGGUGCACAAGCUGCAAAGUGUAACAUUUUUGAUGCAAAAAAAUGUGUAUGUUUAAAAUGUAAAUUGCAGUCACUUUAGAACAAAAAGUAAUAAAGUCAUUUAAA